GGGUGUUUUCUCGAAAGGAACCCCUGUGUUUUUGAUACCAACUUGGGUUUUGUUUGUAAUUAAAAGGCUUCGGGCCGUUAGACGUCUUGAAAAUGAAUAGAAUAUUUGGCCGGGGAAAACCGAAAGCGCCUCCUCCGAAUCUAUCGGACUGCAUAGGCAAUGUGGAUGCUAGGACAGAGUCCAUAGACAAGAAGAUCAGCAGGUUAGAUGCUGAACUCGUGAAGUACAAAGAUCAAAUGAAGAAAAUGAGAGAUGGGCCCUCAAAGAAUAUGGUGAAACAGAAGGCGAUGAGAGUCCUGAAGCAAAAGAGAAUGUAUGAAGGUCAACGGGAUCAGCUGGCCCAGCAGUCUUUUAACAUGGAGCAAGCAAACUACACCAUCCAGUCACUAAAGGACACCAAAACAACAGUGGAGGCCAUGAAAAUUGGUGCAAAGGAAAUGAAGAGAGCUUACAAGGAUGUAAAACUGGAUCAGAUUGAGGAUUUACAGGACCAACUGGAGGACAUGAUGGAGGAGGCUAACGAAGUUCAAGAGGCCCUGAGCCGCAGCUACGGCACACCGGAAAUAGAUGAUGAUGAUCUAGAAGCAGAGCUGGAUGCCCUGGGAGAUGAGCUGCUGCUGGAUGAUGAUAACACCUACCUGGACGAGGCCUCCGCUGCCCCGUCUAUACCCGAGGGAAUACCCAGUGACAGCAAGACAAACAAGGAUGGUGUUUUGGUUGAUGAAUUUGGCCUACCACAGAUUCCUGCCACAUAGAGGAGGAACAGACAGGACAGCUGCACUUCAAUUGAAAACACUUUUAUAAGUAGAGUAACAUUUAUACAUGCAAAACAGUUUGACCUGAGAACACUAUUGUGUCGAAGGUGUCUAGAUGUUGGGUUGUGUAUUGUUACUACUAGCAUGUGGCCUUGUAACAUACCAUACCUCUUCAUUUCGUGCUUUCUUAUGCUGCUGCCCCUGCUUUUGCUAUUCCCUGGUCCAUCGAUUAUCAUAGUCUCAUUUAUUUACAGUAUUAAAUUGCUUGGUAUUAAUUAAGUUAUUAUUUGUUACCUGUUUUUUGUGUGAUGACACUACUUUAAGCCCAUUGGCUUAGUCAUGACCAUUUUGGUCUUUUUUUUUUUUAGUUAUCGUUUGUCUGUGGAUCAUUUCAAGCAAACAAUAAAUUAUUAAUUUUGA